AUGGCCAGGCGGCCCCAUAAGAAAACCAUGCCGCUCCGCAUUCUCUGCGUUUCCGCACCUCUCAUUACAGGGAAGAUCGCUGUGAUUGGAGGGUGCCGCGAGUACACGGGAGCUCCUUUCUUUGCCGCCUUUUCCGCGCUCAAGCUGGGUGCAGACAUCGCCCACGUGUUCUGCUCACGAGAGGCCGCACCAGUGAUUAAAGCGUACAGCCCAGAGCUUAUUGUGCAUCCGGCACUCAGGGAAUCUUAUGAUGUCAAGCUCGACACACCAGGCCUGGGCAGGGACUCGCUGCUGCAGGAAUGUGUGGCUGACAUCAUGUCUGCCGCCCGGCAAGCGAGCAUCCCCAUGGUGAUAGAUGCGUGGCAGCAGCGGCUACAAGAACAACAGCAGCAGGGGGGUGUUCCAUUUGACGAUGAAAUGCAGCAGCUGGUGGCAGAGCAGCUGUCGGACAAUCCAGCAGUCCUGGCAGCGUUUGCCGGGUCGCUGGUGGUGAGGAGAGCGGCAGCAGAUGCCUUUGCCAAGCACAAGCGCAGCAUGACUACUACCAACAUCAUUGAAUGCCUUGGCGACUGGUAA